GCGUACCGGAGCACCACGACCGGAGCACCUGCACCGGAGCAGAGCGCACAGCCCCCCGCGGAGCUUCUGUCGGACUGUACACGCGUCACUGUACCGGACUGUGGCUCACAGGACCCCGUACUCACGCGGUCUCCCCCGGGACUCUGCAUGUCCAGACACCGCGCGCGCACUGCCGCAACCCGGGCACUAUGGACAGCCGGGUUCUCGAGCACCCUCACGCCCCGUUUGGAGGCUCCCUCGGCGGGCUGGUGGGCUUCCCUUACGCGCUGGGCCCGCGCCCUCUCCCGCACCAGCCGCCGGUGUACGAGCUGAGCGGCGGGCCGCCGCUGCAGUCCACGGCCGCGCUGCCCUUCUCCAUAGACGGAUUACUGAGCGGCUCGUGCUCCGCCGCGGUGCUGGGCUCCGGGGCGCUGCUGUCGGACUCACAGCGCUUCUCGUUCUCAGAGGCGGGCGAGGAGAAGGACAGCCCGGGCUGUAAGCGGCGCCGCACUCGCACUAACUUCACGGGCUGGCAGCUGGAGGAGCUGGAGAAGGCCUUCAGCCAGAGCCACUACCCCGAUGUGUUUAUGAGAGAGGCUCUGGCUCUGAGGCUAGAGCUAGUGGAGUCAAGAGUACAGGUGUGGUUCCAGAAUCGAAGGGCCAAAUGGAGGAAAAAGGAGAACACAAAGAAGGGCCCCGGGCGCCCAGCCCAUAACUCUCACCCCACCACCUGCAGCGGGGAGCCCAUGGGCCCCGAGGAGAUCGCCCGCAGAGAGAGGGAGCGUGCCGACAAGAAGCGACGCAAACAGGAACGCAAACUGCUCAAGAACCACAGGGGCCCCGCAGACCUGCACACUCCGGGGGGCUCCGAGAGCGACAGUGGGGUGUCUCAGUUCACCGACACAGAGCAGCAGGGGCCUCUACACAUCAAGCUCCCAGACCCCAGGACCAGCGAGUGCAGUCAGCUCAGUCCACUACAGAAACCAAGAGGCCCCCAGGAACCGGCGUCGCCUCAGAGCACACACAGCCCGGACCCCGACUCAAGGCCCCUCCACAAACACAACCCUUUCAGUGUGGAGAGCCUGCUGUCUGACUCACCGCGCCGCAGGGCCCCGGGGCCCACCACAUUGCUGGGCAAGGGACACUUCCUGCUUUACCCGAUCACCCAUCAGCCCCUGGGCUUUCUGGUGCCUCAGACUGCACUGAGGGCCCUUGGGGGCCCAGACAGAUCUAACUCUGACCUCUCCCUUCCAGUGGCCCCAAGCCCACCACUCACCACUCAGAUAGAGCCAGCACAGGGUGGACCUGCAGGGGAGGGCCCCACGGAGGAGGGCUCCACGGAAGUAGGCUCCACGGAGGAGCACUCCAUGGAGGGGCCCACCCCACUGGAGGAGAAGAGAGCAGAGACUAAUCAUGAGGGCCACAAUGACGGUCAUAGAAGAGACAGUGACAGGGGUCACUGUCCUGGGGGCCCCAGACCCCUGACUCCAGUCCUUCACUGUGGCCCUGCAGACACCUGCCUGACAGAAAGGAGCCAGGACUGA